AUGGGUGAUAAAGCCAUACUGAGUGAGGUACUUGAAGCCUCUAAUCUAACAACAGCCUACGCAGAUUUAACUCCUAAAACUCUAUUAAGAGAAUUACGUCAUGUUGGAGAAGAUUUAUCUGUGCGUUACUCGAGCAUUGAUGAUAGAGCUGAGCUAGGCGAUCCUGAAGAUUCACAGAAUCAUCAACCGGCUAAAGAUGAAGCUGAAGCAACAUUCACUGUCGAUGAUGCUGUGGAAGCACUCGGAUUUGGCCGUUUCCAACUUUUUCUCAGCCUUUUAACUGGAAUGGCUUGGAUGGCUGAUGCUAUGGAGAUGAUGCUGUUGUCAUUAUUAUCACCCGCAUUAGCAUGUGAAUGGGGUAUCAGUUCUGUUCAGCAAGCGCUCGUGACAACAUGCGUAUUCACUGGAAUGAUGACGUCAUCUACCCUCUGGGGAAAGAUUUGUGAUCGAUUCGGAAGACGAGUGGGCUUACAAUGUUCAACAUUGAUGGCAUUUGUUAUGGGAGUAUUAAGUGGGCUAUCACCUCAUUUUUAUGUUCUCCUGUUCUUCAGAGGAUUAACCGGAUUCGGAAUCGGUGGAGUACCUCAAUCUGUUACUUUAUACGCUGAAUUCUUACCUAUGACUCAACGUGCUAAAUGUGUUGUACUAAUUGAGAACUUCUGGGCUAUUGGAGCAGUUUUCGAGUCGCUCUUGGCUUACUUCAUUAUGAAUACAUGGGGUUGGCGAUGGCUCAUCAUUUUCUCAUCUUUGCCGUUGGGAUUAUUUUCACUUAUGUCAUUCUGGCUACCAGAAUCACCACGUUAUCUUAUUGCUUGUGGAAAAGAGGAAAAAGCAUUGGAAAUGCUUCAAAAGGCAGCUAAGGAUAAUCGCGUGCAAUUGCCGAAAGGCAGAUUGGUUGCUAAUAUAAAGAAUACUGAAGAUCGCGGAGGCUUGGCAGCAUUAUUGAAUCCAGAUCUUAAAAAAACAACAUUGCUUUUAUGGUUCAUAUGGGCAAUGAAUGCAUUCUCCUACUACGGCAUUGUACUUUAUACAACGGUGUUAUUCCAAUCGCAUGAUGAGUGCCAUGGUGGACUGUUCUCCAAUGGAACAUCUCUGGAGGAAUGUCAUCCCUUAACUCGGUCAGAUUAUUUCGAUUUACUGCAAACAACUUUAGCGGAAUUCCCCGGCUUACUAAUCACCGUAUUUGUGAUUGAAUGGCUGGGACGUAAAAGAACAAUGGCAUUUGAAUUUGCCAUAUUUUCUGUUUUCACCUUCCUUCUAUACUUCUGUUUGGACAGAUUCACCGUUACCUGCUUCAUAUUUAUAUCACGAGCAUUCAUUUCGGGAGCUUUCCAAUGUGCAUAUGUCUACACGCCUGAAGUGUAUCCAACAACAUUACGAGCUGUAGGAUUGGGUGCUUCGUCAGCAAUGGCUCGAAUAGGAGCAAUUAUAACUCCAUUUGUUGCUCAAGUUUCAUCUGGAUACUCGCUGUCACUGCCUAUAUCUAUAUAUGGAACAGCAGCUCUAAUGGCAUUAGUUGCUGCCAUAUCCUUGCCAAUUGAAACAAAAGGUCGAAAGAUGAUUGUAAGUUGUCAUUUGACAUUUAAAUAUUUCAACUUCUAUUCAAGGACUCACACUGAAUACAAAGAAAAGAAUGCCGUCGUCCUACAGCAUCCUAUAGCUAGAAGUUAA